UGCGAGCGUCGCGCGAGGAGCAGCUGCUGCCGCUGCUGCUCCUGAGGCGGAGGCGGCGCUGCCGGGCCGCUCGGCCUCUCGGCUCGCCUCCCAGCCCUGCCCGAGCCCGCCGGGGCCCGCGCCGGCCCGCGCCUGCCCUAUGAGUGUGUCACUGGUUGUCAUCCGAUUGGAGCUCGCGGAACACUCGCCCGUCCCCGCCGGCUUCGGCUUCUGCGCCGCGGCCGGGGAAAUGUCUGAUGAGGAAAUCAAAAAGAAGACACUAGCUUCAGCCGUAGCCUGUUUAGAAGGGAAGUCACCAGGGGAGAAAGCAGCAAUCAUACAUCAGCACCUUGGGCGUCGAGAAAUGACAGAUAUGAUCAUUGAGACCAUGAAGUCCAACCCAGAUGAGCUAGAAGCUGCCAUGGAAGAAAAGAAGUCUUCAGAAGCAUCCCUUACUGCAUCAAGAAGUAAGGAUCAAAGUAAAGAAUGCAUAAGCACUGCUCCCGAUUCUCCAUCCAAACAGCUUCCAGACCAGAUCUCAUUCUUCAGUGGAAAUCCAUCAGUUGAAAUAGUUCAUGGCAUUAUGCACCUAUAUAAGACAAAUAAGAUGACUUCCUUAAAAGAAGACGUGAGGCGCAGUGCCAUGCUGUGUAUCCUCACCGUCCCGGCUACAAUGACCAGUCAUGACCUUAUGAAGUUUGUCGCCCCAUUUAAUGAAGUAAUUGAACAAAUGAAAAUCAUCAGAGACUCUACUCCAAAUCAAUAUAUGGUGCUGAUAAAGUUUAGUGCACAGGCCGACGCGGACAGUUUCUACAUGGCCUGCAACGGCCGCCAGUUCAACUCCAUAGAAGAUGACGUUUGCCAGCUGGUCUAUGUGGAAAGGGCUGAGGUACUGAAAUCUGAAGAUGGCGCCAGCCUCCCGGUGAUGGACCUGACCGAGCUCCCCAAGUGCACGGUAUGUCUGGAGCGCAUGGAUGAGUCUGUGAAUGGCAUCCUCACCACGUUGUGCAACCACAGCUUCCACAGCCAGUGUCUGCAGCGCUGGGACGACACGACGUGUCCUGUGUGCCGGUACUGUCAAACGCCGGAACCAGUAGAAGAAAACAAGUGUUUCGAGUGUGGCGUUCAGGAGAACCUUUGGAUUUGUUUAAUAUGUGGCCACAUAGGCUGCGGACGAUACGUGAGUCGACAUGCAUAUAAGCACUUUGAGGAGACCCAGCACACGUAUGCCAUGCAGCUCACCAACCACCGGGUCUGGGACUACGCUGGAGAUAAUUAUGUCCAUCGACUGGUUGCAAGUAAAACAGAUGGAAAAAUAGUACAGUAUGAAUGCGAGGGUGACACUUGCCAGGAAGAGAAAAUAGAUGCCUUACAGUUAGAGUAUUCAUAUUUACUAACAAGUCAGCUGGAAUCUCAGAGAAUCUACUGGGAAAACAAGAUAGUUCGGAUCGAGAAGGACACAGCAGAGGAGAUUAACAACAUGAAGACCAAAUUUAAAGAAACAAUUGAGAAAUGUGACACUCUAGAGCACAGACUCAACGAUCUCCUUAAAGAAAAGCAGUCUGUGGAAAGAAAGUGCGCUCAGCUGAACGCCAAAGUGGCCAAACUCACCUCCGAACUCAAAGAGGAGCAGGAAAUGAACAAAUGUUUGCGCGCCAACCAGGUCCUGCUGCAGAACAAGCUGAAGGAAGAAGAGAGGGCUCUGAGGGAGGCCUGCGACCAAAAGGAUCUGCAGAUCACCGAGAUCCAGGAGCAGCUGCGAGAUGUCAUGUUCUACCUGGAGGCGCAGCAGAAGAUCAACCACCUGCCGGCAGAGACCCGGCAGGAGAUCCAGGAGGGACAGAUCAACAUCGCCAUGGCCGCGGCCCCCAGCCCCCCACCCUCGGGCAGCAGUGGGAAGCUGCCCUCCAGGAAGGGCCGCAGCAAGAGGGGCAAGUGACCUUUAGAGAAAUGGCCGUCCUUGAGACUUUGCCCAGGCAUGGCGAGGGUGUGCUGGGGCCUUCAGCUAAAUGUGAGGGUGGACCCCGAAUAAGCACAAGUGAGGAUCAAGCCGCAGUUGUUUGGGGUUUCAUUUGCUAGUGUGUGGUGUGGCGGGUGCAGAGGGCGCCGGCUCGGGGAGCUGCUGGACACAGACUGUCUGGAGAGGUGGCUGCUCUUUUCAGCUGUAAUGUUCACUAACCUCAGACAUUCUGAUGACCAUUUUGCCUUCCUACUUGACAGAUGCCCCCACUCUGCCGUGCAUUUUUCCUUUGUAUUUAUUGAGUUGGCAUAUUUGACCUUCACUGCUGGGGGCUUUAAGACAUUGGAUUUUUUUGGUAACCUCAAAGGUAACAUUACCUCGCACAGAAGCACCAAACCUCUCUGAGCUCAUAGCAGCUGCUGUAAGGUGAGGUUCCCACUGGCUGCUGAGGGUUUAUGAAAUGUCCCUAGCAUGAGUCUCAUCAUUGUCUUCCCUCCCUCCCCCCCUCUAGGGAAUUGAAGAAUUGGUUGAAUGUUACAUGAAGAGGCUGGGCCUGUAACCCAGGCACUGGCCUAUCACCAGCAGCCGCCUCUUCUUGCUCUGGAACCAGCCAGGAAAAGCAAACAACCGAGGGCAGACCAAGUAGACCCAGUGUAGAAAAAUGGUGGCGUUUCCGUUGGUUUAUUUAUGGUGGCUCCACACUCCAUUAUGAAUCUCCUGUAAGAAGGAGGCUCAGUAGUGGCUCCAAGAGUCGAAUCUCAGAGUGGAUUUCCUCACGUCUAGCAAGAAUAAGCAGGCACAUUUGCCAGCCGUGUGAAGAUGUGGAGGGCGGUCUCUGCCUCGCUGGUUGUGUAUUUUGCUGGGAUCAGUAUUUUCUGAAUGUUUACAAAAGACUGGGCGGUGUGUUCAGGUUGCGGCUAGAGGGAGCUUGGGCAGAUUUUCAGUUAUGCUUUCAAGAUAGAACCAAAGGCUGUUUCUCAAUCUGAAAAUCAGAAUUUUAACAGAGCCCCCUUUACAGCGGCCUGCAGUGCUCGUUGAGGGUCAACAGAGGGGCUGUGUACUUUCUCGAGAAACCUAAGCAUCCAAUAAUUUGUCAUACUCAGUGACUGAGCACAAGGAAUGUAAGAUCUGCGUUACAAGUCAGUUCGCAAAAGCGGUAGCUGGAUGGUUAAGGGACAUACUGUGAAAUGAUGGGCUUGGGGUGGUUUGGUUUGGUUUUAUUUUUUCUUCUUAUAACUAGCCAAAGUUUUCAAGGUAUUACACUUCCAGAAAUGUUUUAUAGCCUUUGGUUCGGCCUCAUUCCCUUUGACCUGACGUCUUACAUGUUAACCUGUGGGCGCACCAGCUGUGUCGCUAACCAUUCGUUGUUGAGGGAUGUGCUGCGGCAUUUCCCAAAGAACCUUACCUGUAACUUUGCAAAAUGAAUGUACUCAGACAUUCUCAAUUUCUACUUAGGGCAGACCAACUCUCUAAGUCCCUCUUGGACCUACAUAUAUAAAUACACACAGAUGUCCUAAAGCAAGGGUGGGAAUGUAGUAACUUAAUUCUCUUUCCUAUAGAGAUUCUAUUUUAUUUAAAAUCUAUUUUUACACUAGUUAGAAUCUUGCUUUUUUGGCCAAGUACUUGUUUUGCCUGUCUGACCUUGUGGAAGCUGGGGUGGAUCGCAGCAUACUAAUUAAGAGAAUUGGAAGUAGUUUGCAAAGCUUGCUUGAUCCUCAUUUCUCAGUGAUCACCUCCAUCAAGCAGCCCUGCCACCAGCUGGGAGAAGAGAGCUUUUCAGUCCAGGUGGGAUAAAUGUUCUGAAAGGCUGGGCUCAGAGGAAUGAGCAACUAGGCAAAUGUUUCCAAACUACUUGAAGGUUUAAGAAAUUGUUCCAGGAAAAAAAAAAAAAACCUUACCAAGAUAUGUAAAGAAAACAAAAAAUUAAUGGUCAGAGUCCUGUUUGAUUUUGACAAAAUUACAUAAGAUAGAAGCUGUUAGUGUUUUCCUGGUUGCAAGUGAACCACUUAACAUAUCCAUACUACCUUGAACAAUGAAAUCACAUUAAAAUAACCAAACUUUGAAAUGAUCUCGCCCGGUGUGAAAUGUGUUUCUCUCUGAUUGACAUUUGCUUGAGAAGCUGAUUUAAAUCAUCUAAGAAAGUGUCGGUGGUCUGGAUUUUAAAAAGCAGCCUAUAAGUCAACCCCACAGCAAGUUAGUGCGCAGCCAGGAUGCCUGUCUCUCUGCCCCUUUGCUCCAACUGCCCGCGCUAGUAAAAUGUCACUGAACCGGAGACAGACUAGGGAAACCGACCUGAAUUUGGUGGGUCGAGAAGACCCGGCACAUAACUCUUUUGCAAACUGAAAGCGACCUGGGACUUUUUUUCCCGGGCCCGGCACCGGGGUGGUUUCAUUAUAGGAAACUGGCACAAAUGGGCAGUACCAAGCACUGAAGCAACUACCCCUCCCUGCUCGCAUGCUGAAGUUGUCCUCAUCAGAAGCGCUGAGAAACUGAUUUAAACAGCCAGUCAGUCGAGUGUGGAGAAUUUGGCAAGUCACGAAUGAACAACCUUCUGUCAUCUCUUGGAAACCCCUCUCCCAUUGCAGUCGGGAUACACCAGCUACAAACACUACCCUAGAGACUUGGCUGCUGUGUAUGGUGCCACAUUGCUCGGGCUGGUGGCAAAUUUUGGCGGGUGUGAUGAAGUCCACGGGCUCAUGCAAAAAAAGGAAAGUCACUCAGCAUUUGAGGAAAGCGGUUUUGUUGUCUCCAGGAUCAUGCUGUAUUAACUGUCGCGGUGAUUCUGCUGCUCUGCUUCUCACUUGGCAGGGGAAGGGAAAAUUUUCAGGAGUCUUUUUAAGAACCAGCUCCAGGCUCCUUAAUGAUGCCUGCGAACAUCAAAACUACCCAGACCUGGCCAUCCCCUUAAACCAGUCUAGGAAGCCAGCGUGUUCUCUGGCCUCUGCUGCCGGCCAGGCCUCUGUUCUGACCGGCGGAUAUUCCUGCACGGGAGUCCUAGCGCAUCUGUGUAGUGAACACAGCAACAGAUGCAGCUUUGAAAGUUAGAAUGUUUAAAUGACCGCAGAGAAUGAAGGAGUAAUAGGGUAAAAAGACUUUGCCAUCAGGAGUUCUGUAAGGGCAGGACUGGACACGGUGCAGGUUUUCUGAUCCCAUGCAGACCGGGUAAAGGAGGAGUCAGAGUCCUCAGUAGUUUUGCAGGUUUUUUAUUUGGGGUUCUCCAGGCAUAUGGCAGGCAGGGGUGCUGGCCUGCCAGCCUCCCAGCCCCCAGCAAGUCUUCACUCUAUCUGGACUCUCUGGCGUUCGUUCUGCUGCUU